GGAGCGGGCACGGUGACUUGAGGGCUCCCAGGAGUAGCGCUAGGCCGGUCCAUCAGAAAUGUUGAGUACCGAGGCACAAGUCGCUGUGUUUAAGUCGUCUGGGAGUCAGGCCUAGGGGCAUGGCUGUUCAUGGCAUCGGCAGAGACAGAGCGGUACGCCCCACGCUUAGGACAUGAGACGCGGAAGCUGUUGAUACCGGCUGAUCCAGAGCGACCCAAGGAAUUGAGCAGCGGUGUUUAUAGCGGCCAAGCCUCGUCCGUAUGGAAGCAGGAGAGAAAGUGUGCGGAUGUGGCCUGUAGACACAAAUACUCCCGCUGCGUAGUCCCCCAAGUUUAUGAUUUGAUUUCCAACGCUGCACAUCCGAUAGUACCAUCUCCCCCACAGACUGCGCCCGGAGGGGCUACGUACCACCCGAGGACGUCAAAUAAUACUUCUGACAGGACGUUCGGUUUCCAGCAGCCGGUGAACGGCCAUAAACCUUAUCAGAAACUUGAUCCCUUGUUUUUAAGGCCAAAGUAUUUGGGUCAGAGGCCUUACUCCUCUUCGUUUAGACAUCCCACCAAUACUUCUUCUGCUCUAAAAUUGUCCAAGACUUGCAGUACCAUGACUUCUUCGUUGAUAGAUCAGUUUCAUUUGCCAAGUGCAGCUGGGGAACCACCGGACUAUAACUCAAGGAGACCCUCGAGUGUAGCUGCUAAUCCACCUUGUGACUCCACAAGGCCAACGCCAAUCUCAAACUCAUUCCUGCGGCCCAGCAGUGCUAAAGUGCCUUUGCACCCUCACUCGGAGAACAAGAAGAUCAAAAGCCCCUGCCUUGUUGGUUUAAAAUCGGUUUCUUCUCAGUGUGACCGGAAACCCGAUUUCGACCAGUUGAACGGUAAUGCCCAGUCGCUCUACCACCGCUGUCCAACUACUGUGAAGAUUCCUCAUCCACCUGCCUCACCCGGCGUGCUUCAGGGGUCCGGCAGAAUGGUGCCUAUUGCCUAUCACAUACUUGAAAAUGGUGAAAAAAUGGACAGUUUGGCACAUAAGGAGGUCUAUCUAACAGAAGCUGUGCAAAAGUUAACUGAAAACCGAAAAUUAUUGCAAAGAGACUCCGCUCCGCCGUUUGAGACUUCGCUUACAAAUAGUUCUCCUAAGGACUUGUUGCUCGUCAACUCCGAUAAAGAAUUUUCUGGCUUACACGCACCCGGCCAAAAAGAUGAGGCGUCAGGCGGUCCCUGUCUACACGGGCAUGUUAUUGCCUCCGCCAAAAUGGGUAUUGCCGCUGCUGCCUCUAAUCCAAUUAUUUCCGGGCAAACGGCGCAUAGUGCUGCUCUGAACAGAGAGAGCCAACGGCCCGCGAUGGUGAAGUCCCAGGGAGAGAAUAUAACGGUGAUGGCCACGCAGAUCUCAACCAUCCAGCUGGAUAAAACGUGUCGGCAAACUCCUGCUGAGCCCAACGGAAACCAAGUGAAGCUAACGUUACCAGCCCUUGAACAUGAAUGCACUGAGGAGGAUCUGCCGGAUGGUCUGGACGAUAGUCAGAAUGAAGGCGAAGAGGAGGAAGAAGAAGAAGAUGAAGAAGGGUCUGCUGCCGGCUUCAUGUUCCACAUCUCUGCCAACGCAUCCCUGUCUGCUGCGCCCAGUCAGGUUGCUGAAUCGGUUCCUGUAAGCGGAGACUUUGUCGUGAAACCUGCCCUCACCCCCAGUUUGUUCCCCAAUAUGCCCCCAACGAUAUAUUUUGGCACCCAGGCCGAAAAGGUGGAGACGAUGCCGCUGGCGCAGAGAAAGCUGCUGAAAUGGAGAAUGAGCACCGUGACCCCGAACGUUGUGAAACAAGCCGUCGCCAGGUCCCACUUCAGAGUCACUAAAAAAAAUCAUGAUUGGCUGGGAUGCUGGGGGCAUCAUAUGAAGUCUGCAGCCUUUAAAGCCAUCCAUGGAUAUCAGAAGCUGAACCAUUUUCCCGGCUCCUUCCAGAUCGGCCGGAAGGAUCGUCUGUGGCGCAACCUCUCCAAGAUGCAGGCGCGUUUCGGAAGGAAAGAGUUCAACUUCUUCCCCCAGUCGUUCGUUCUUCCCCAGGAUAUCAAGUUAUUGAGGAAAGCUUGGGAGGAGGGAGGCACGCGGCAAAAAUGGAUCGUGAAACCGCCAGCCUCAGCUAGAGGGAUGGGAAUCCAAGUUAUACACAAAUGGAGCCAGCUCCCCAAGAAAAGGCCGCUGCUCGUGCAGAGGUACCUACACAAACCCUACCUCAUCAGCGGGAGCAAGUUUGACCUGCGGAUCUAUGUUUACGUCACCUGUUACGACCCCCUCCGAGUGUAUUUGUUUACGGACGGCUUGGUGCGGUUCGCCAGCUGCAAGUAUUCAUCUUCCAUGAAGAGCCUCAGUAACAAGUUCAUGCACCUUACAAACUACAGCGUGAACAAAAAGAAUGCCGACUACAAGGCAAACUCGGAUGAGACGGCGUGCCAGGGUCACAAAUGGGCACUGAAAGCAUUGUGGAGCUACCUCGACCAGAAGGGAUUCAGCAGCGAAAAAAUCUGGGAAAAGAUCAAGGACAUGGUGAUAAAGACCAUUAUUGCUUCAGAGCCUUACGUGAAUAGCUUGGUGAAGAUGUACGUACAGAGACCAUACAGCUGCCAUGAGCUUUUCGGCUUUGAUAUCAUGCUGGAUGAGAAUCUCAAACCUUGGGUCCUGGAGGUCAACAUCUCUCCCAGUCUUCACUCAAACUCCCAACUGGACAUGAAUAUUAAAGGUCAGAUGGUCCGGGACCUUCUCAACUUGGCUGGAUUUCUUCUGCCCAGCAAGGAAGAGGUGGCAUCUGGGGCUGGGAACGGCAGCAGCUCCACCAGCAGUGUGACAAGCCUGGGAAAGGAUUGUGGCCGUUCACCCGAGAUCAUCAGCGCGGAGAAGAUGAAGAGGGCGCGUUUCAUAAGUCUGAAGGUGCCCGACAAGGAUCUGUACGCCACGGUCCUGGACCAGCUCACCCCGGAAGACGUGAGAGUCCUGGCUGAGACUGAAGAUGAGCUUUCACGUUGUGGACAGUUUGAGCGCGUUUUCCCUUCCCCCAUCUCGUCGAGAUACCUGCGAUUCUUCGAGCAGCCCCGUUACUUCAAUAUACUCACAAAUCAAUGGGAACAGAAAUAUUACGCAGACAGGGAGAGGGGACGGGACCUUCUGAAAAGCUUGUGCCUGAUGAAUUUCCAUACCGGUUCAGCCGCUCACGUGACGGUGCGGUCUCUGCCGCGUUCUCCUGGGCAAACGGAUCAUCACUUGAAUGGCUUCACUAAAUCCGAAGUGAUCAAACACAGUAAAGUGCCUCUAACAGCGGAGGGACUGAAAUCCUUUAGCGGCUCGGCUUUCCAUCAGAGCUGCGACGUCCGCCAGCAGGCAGAGCUCAGCGAGAGACCCUCGUUAUCUCAGCCAUGCGCCGGCGUGCCGGAAUCUGCCUUGGUUAUGUGAUGAGCCUCUUCCUCCUUCUCUCGCCGCAGCAGCCCCCCUUGGCACCAAACCUACCUCAAAACC